GAGCUGAGUGGAACAUCUACAUCGCAAAGUCGAAUUGAGCUUGAAGUGAUUGAGAUCGAGAACUAGGGUACCGUACCGGUCAAGGAAAUACUCUUGUCUUGAGAUUUGUUUAGUCGGCCAGUCUAGUACAGACUAAAGGUCUGAUCUACUCGGAGUACUAGAAGACUACAAUUAUUCCUUUGAAAAUGGAGGAGAUUAAUCAUGGAGACAAGCCACCUAUUCUUGCUGAAAUCCCUCUGUCUCAAAGGAAAAGAACGGAUGAUUUAUUUGCAAGUUUUGAGAACAAGUACAAGAAGAAACCGUUAUUUCUAGCAAGAGCUUCUGGGAGAGUAAACUUGAUUGGGGAACAUAUUGACUAUUGUGGUUAUUCUGUGCUACCAAUGGCGAUAGAACAGGACAUCCUCAUGGCUGUAGCAACAAAUACUAAUACAGAGCUUCAUUUGAGCAAUGCAAAUUCGAAGUUCAGUGACUUUGUUACCGACAUGACAUCAUUCACCAUCGACCAAUCACGGCCAGAGUGGCACAACUACAUCCUAUGUGGAAUCAAAGGAAUCCUUGAGAGAGCUGGGAUGGUCAACACCCCUAAGGGUAUGAGCAUCAUGGUGAAUGGGAAUGUACCCAAGAGUGCUGGCCUGUCUAGUUCCAGUGCAUUGGUGUGCUGUGCAGGGCUCGCUACCAUGCAUGCACAUAGCUUAGCCUUCACAAAGACAGAACUUGCAGACAUUUGUAUGAGAUGUGAGCGUUAUAUUGGAACUCAGGGUGGAGGCAUGGACCAAUCCAUCUGCUUCCUUGCCAAAGCUGGAACGGCAAAGCACAUCGAGUUUAACCCCAUCAGAGCCCAUGAUGUCAGUCUCCCAGAAGGUGUGGUGUUUGUGGUAGCCAAUAGCUGCGUUGAGUUGCAGAAGGCUUCAACAUCCCAUUUUAAUAUCCGGGUAGUGGAAUGCAGGCUGGCUUCACAGAUUCUUGCCAAGUCCAAAGGUCUUGAUUGGAGGAAGAUGAGACGUCUUGCGGAUGUUGAGAAAGCUCUUGGAGUCUCCCUGUCUGACAUGGAGGAGAUGGUAGACCAAGUCUUGCAUCCAGAGCCUUACACCAAGGAUGAGGUGUGUGGUAUUCUAGGUGUGUCUACUGAUGAACUCAACAGUGAGAGUCUGAGUCAAAACACUCUUCAUGUGCAAUCUUUCAAGCUCCACAACCGAGCCAUGCAUGUCUUCAGCGAGGCAAAUCGUGUAUUGAAGUUCAAAGCCUUGUGCAAUGACUCCAGUGUGAAAGACACUGCUCAGUUGCUAGGCAACCUGAUGAAUGACAGUCACGCUAGUUGCAGAGACCUCUAUGAAUGCAGUUGUCCAGAGCUGGAUGAACUGGUAGAAAUUUGCAAGAAGGCAGGGGCUCUGGGUUCCAGGCUGACUGGAGCAGGAUGGGCAGGAUGCACCGUUUCCAUGGUACCCAAUGAUACACUCCAAGCAUUCCUCAAGCAGGUGGAGGACGAGUUCUACGCCAAGGACCCGAACAGAAGGUCAAAGGUCGCAGAAAGUUUAUUCGCAACACAGCCAGGCCAGGGUGCAGUAAUAUAUCAGAUAUAGGGGGUGUUGCAAGAAAAUAUUUGUGAUCAAUUGCAAAUAUUCUGUUGCAAUUUUACAACUGAUAGAUCAACAUU